AAGGACCGUACGUUUAUGUUCUCAGUGUUUAAAGUUCCGGCUAAGAUUUUUUUGUUUUUGUUUUAGAGACUGUCAUCAUUUAUUUAUUUUAGUGAGAAAGUGUUAUUAAAUGGAAUAUUACUAUAUGUGAUUAUUUACUGUGAUGUAAAUUAUAGCCAUUACAACUAUUGUUCACUGUGAUUUGUGUGUGUGUGGUGAGUCCCGUAUGUGGCUUGUCAUUGGCGGUGAGCUGGUCGCUCUCCUCAGUGCUGAAAUCGCUGCUCGUCGUUAUCAUGUAAACGGCGAUGAGGCCAAACGGACAGUCGGCAAAUAAACACCAAAAUGGACGAUGAUCUGUUCCAGCUGAGACAGUUGCCUGUCGUCCGCUUCCGUCACACAGGCGAAAGUACACGCUCAGAGGAUGACGGUGACAAUCGAGAGCCGCUUGCAGAGGUACGUGUGGCAGAGCAGACAGAGCUGGAGUCUGUGGCGCUAGCAGAUGGAGCACCUGUCCCCCGGGAGUUUGCCAAUCCAACUGAUGACACAUUCAUGGUUGAGGAUGCUGUGGAGGCCAUCGGCUUUGGGACCUUCCAGUGGAAACUCUCCAUCCUCACUGGCCUGUCCUGGAUGGCAGAUGCAAUGGAGAUGAUGAUUCUAAGCAUCUUAGCCCCACAGCUGCAUUGCGAAUGGAGACUACCAAGCAUGGAGGUGGCACUGCUUACAUCGGCAGUGUUCAUUGGAAUGAUGAUCAGCUCCUCCCUGUGGGGAAACAUAUCUGACAAGUACGGAAGAAAGACAGGUCUGACAAUGAGUGUGUUGUGGACGAUGUUCUACGGUCUGAUGAGUGCGUUUGCACCCAUAUAUGGCUGGAUCCUCGUCCUACGUGCCCUGGUGGGCUUUGGCAUCGGUGGCGCCCCGCAGUCGGUGACACUAUACGCAGAAUUUCUACCCAUGAAGUCCAGAGCAACAUGUAUAUUGUUAAUUGAGAUAUUUUGGGCACUGGGCACCGUGUUUGAAGUCCUUCUUGCAAUCCUAGUAAUGCCCUCUCUAGGCUGGCGUUGGCUGCUGGGUCUCUCUACCAUCCCACUGUUCAUCUUUGCCAUCCUAUGUUUUUGGCUACCUGAGAGUGCUCGAUAUGAUGUGCUGACGGGGAAUCAAGAUAAAGCCCUGGCUACUUUGAAACGGAUUGCCAAGGAGAAUGGAGUGCCCAUGCCAUUGGGAAAACUUAUUGCUGCCAAACAAGAGGAUCGUGGGAAGAUCCGAGACUUGUUCUCUUCCCACAUUCGCUGGACUACUGUCCUGCUGUGGUUUAUUUGGUUUGCAAAUGCCUUCUCGUACUACGGCCUGGUGUUGCUCACCACAGAGCUCUUUCAGGAGGGAGGUGCAUGUGGAAUGUCCAAAGGUAAUAAGAUGGAGCUGCGAUGCAGCUUGGAGUGUAAAUAUCUGAACAGUGAUGACUAUAAAGACCUCUUAUGGACAACCUUAUCAGAAUUCCCAGGAUUGUUGGUGACUUUGUGGGCGAUCGAUCGCUUAGGAAGAAGGAAGACUAUGGCCUUGUGUUUCCUGGUCUUCUCUCUGUGCAUCAUUCCUCUUUAUGGUUGUGUGGGGAGAGCUUCCAUGACGGUGCUGAUAUUCAUCGCUAGAGCUUUCAUUUCAGGGGGAUUUCAAGCUGCCUAUGUGUACACCCCAGAGGUGUAUCCAACUGCAACCAGAGCUUUAGGAUUGGGAACGAGCAGUGGAAUGGCCAGAGUUGGUGCCCUCAUCACACCUUUUGUCGCACAGGUGUUGUUGGAGUCGUCUGUGUAUUUGGCUCUGUCAGUGUAUUGCUGCUGCUGCCUGCUCGCCGCCAUCGCCUCUUGUGCACUGCCAAUUGAGACAACAGGCCGGGCCCUGCAGGAGUCCAGCCAUCGUCAGUGGGGGCAGGAGAUGACGGGCCGGGCCUCCUCACAAAGAUCAGGGCAAAUCCCUCACUCGAGCUCUUGCUCCCAGGACUGAGUAAUAAUGACAUUACUGUAUUGCAAUGAAUGACGAAAACCUAGACCACGUUUCUGCGUGCGUCUUCAGCCCCUAAAGCGGCUACAGACAGCAUAACCGUGUCAUAUCACUGCACUCGAUAGUCUUCAACCACCACUGCUGUCACCAUUUCACCAUUGUAUACCAACAACAGGAUGGCUGGAAGACAUGGCAUGCGGGAUUGAGCCACAAAUGGUGGGGGACAAGUGAGACUCUUGAAAAAGUGAAGAAAUUUGCUUUGUGUUGAAAAUGAAAAGGACAAAAAGUUUUGGUAUAGGGAUCAGAAGUCAUACGAUAGCGACCGAUACUUCAACUGAGAAAGCCUUAAAUACUUAAUUUUAUUUACUUGCAAAACAUCCGCUUUAUACAUUUAAUUUGUAUUGAGAGUAUUUAAGUACAAUCUCGCAUAUUAAAAUGUUUUUUUUCAUUUACUGCAGAAUAGAGAGAAUGGCCAAAUCAUAUCAAAUACAUUACAUCAACACAUUAGAUGGUGCCCAAGGGUAAAUGUAAAAUUUGUCAUUCAACUUGUGGUUUUCAAAAGAAAUUGGAAAAAAUACAUAAUUCCAGUAGCGCUAACAAUCAUUUUACACGAUGAUCUUGACAAAGACAAUGGCCAAGUGUGUUAACCUUUCAUGUAAUUCAAGUAUGUAUUACGUUUUGGAAAAUGAAAACAUUCAAUGAUGCAGAAUUCAAGUAAAAAGAGAUCUCUUUGUGUGUAUUUUUGAAAGCUAAAUGUUCCUGAUUCAAAAUAAUUAUUUGAUUACAAUACUUAAAACAAUGUGUUAGGAUCUAAUUGGGUUACUGUUUACUUUACAUACAGAAUCAUGUCUUAUUUCGUACCCCUGUAAAUAAUGCAUCAAACAUGUUUAGUUGUCGAGCAUUUCUUUGUAUCAAGGUGAUGUGAAGACCACCGUAUUUUGCCCAGUCCGUUUGGAAGGAAAACGAACUAGCAGAUGCCCAUCUAGCUAGUUCUUACAGUAUUGAUUCUAACAGUGUAAAGACAAAAUGCUGCAUUAGGUGUCUACGUGCACUGAUUCUUGUCAAUACACUGGAUGUAAAUGUGCAAUAUUGCAGUAAAAAGAUCCUUGAAAAAGAGCAGUG